CAUGAGGCCCAUGGCGAAGCCCGCGAUUGCCUGACGGAUUCUCGCCUAUCGAAUCUUUGCAAUCAAUUGCAAACAACCCUAGUCAAAAUCUCUGAUCUUGAAUUGUUUGACGAUUAUAGCAGGCUAACUGCUUUAUUUGAUUAUCUGACAGAAGAGCUCAAAUUAAGAGAUCAACUCCAACAAGAACUCUCUGUGGAGAAAGAGGCUCUUCUUGAACAAUGCGAGGAUCUUAGAAAAAAGUUUCACUCACUUCAAGUUGAACAUUGCACGAUCAAAUCAGAGAAUGAACAUCUUUUACAUAAACUUACUGAAGGGUAUCAAGAAGGCAAGCUACCUCCAACGCCUGAGUGUGUUCUUAGAGUAAAUUUGAAAACCCGCACAACUGAAAAGGCAACCGAAAUUAAUGGAGAAGAUGUCUUAACUACUGAGGUUGCUCCUUUGAAGCCUUCGAUCAAUGAGCUGCCUGCUGAACGGGAUCAGGCAGGUGAAAGGCUUCAGAUGCUUGAAUCCAACAGCGGUCACCUAGAUAGUGUCAACAUAAGCGGACUUUAUGUCUUAACCUCGUCGAUACAAAAUGCAAUUUCAAGGCUAUCUAACAAUAAAGUGACCUCGGAAUUCGAUGAACUGUCAAACUUAGUCAAUCGAUUGAUGGGCGAACUUGAAUCAAAAUCUUGUCAUUUGGAUGAAAUUGUUGCGAAGAGUCCGGACUUUGCACGGGCUAACGAAAGGCCAGAUAAUCUGGUAGAUUUGACACUUUCUGAGCAAGAGUACAAAGAUUAUAAAAUAACCCAUAAAUUACAGAAUCUCAAGGGUAAAAGCGAUGAAUUUUUCUUGCCCAUAAAGUCCAAUUCUGAACCACAGAUAGAGACAAAAUCGAAAAAGACUUGCAUGACCAGUGUUCCUUACAUGGUCGAUGCUCUGCUGGACGGGACAGUGGUCGACCAAGCUACGAAGUGUGAGCUGCGCACGAGAAAGGAUCAAGCAGUGGGAACGAAUGAUCAACUUCAAUUAUCAUGUGAAAUAGAGCGCGUGGUUGGCACUUCAAAUUCUUCUCUGCGAUCGCAGCUUCAAACAGCUCUUACAGACGUUUCCGGAUCGUUCUGCCCCGAUGACUUUAUUCGGCUGUCCUCAUUUCUUGAGUUAUGUCUACAGACCUUCGAUUGCGAGUCCUCUAGGCUCAUUCAGCUCACUCAAGAGCUUGAGCAUCAAAUGGCUACUUUACGAAAGAACAACGAACAGAUUCAGGCAAAUAACGAUUCUCUCGUUCUUGCCAUCUCGGAUAAAGAACACGACCUUCAACUGGCCCGACAGGAAUCUAGUUCAUUGCAAGAAUACAUCAAGGCGAGCUUUGAAAAGGUCACAUACGCCCUUCGGCAGGCCCAGCAUGGCACUCGGAAUUUGCAUAUUUUGGGUGACCAAUGUUGCCAACCGCUUACCGACUUUCAGAAUGUUAUCGCCUUCUGGAACCAGGCCAUCCGUAACGUGGAUGUGAAGCAGGCUCAUACAAGUGAUCAAGACUCGGUCAUUUUGCUCGAAAUCCAGUCUUUCAUGAAUCAUUUAUGCCGCCUUGAGCUGGCUACUGAGUUUCAUCGGCUGUUAACCCAGUUCCGCUGCAUGCAUGACGCCCUGCGUGUUUUAGAACUUCGUCGUGGAGACUUCGAGGCCGAACUUCCCAGCCAUCUACCCAUCUUUCACGAGAUAGCUAACCACUUUGCUCUUCUCCUUUCUCAGAUGCCUCCGCUUGACUCUUACAUCUCCUGUCUCUUCGUGACAAGCCCUACCACGUCUCCACAACCGCACGGCACUGCAACUUCCCUAGCUACCAUUGAUACUUCUAAUCUUGCUCAUUCGUUACCUCCUAGCCUUUGUCUCAAGUCACUCUCCCUACAGCAGCCGCCAUUCAUUGAUAUCUCAAGUUCUAUUGCGACUGGAUUUAGGCCUCUCGAGUCCUCUUCUGCUAACUUAGAUUCAUUGAAACCACCAGGUUUGUUUGCUGCUGAUCCAAGUCUUAGAUCUGGUAUUUGUACAAGCCCACAGACAACAUCGAGUCGGACAGAUCGGAGCAACCUCGGUCCAAGACCUGAAGACGAGAUGGGCGAGUCAACACCACCACCGAUUAUGCAACAGCCUCACUCUGGUGACACCAGUCUAUCGGAUGUACCUGGUGUCCGGCGCGAUAAUCAAUCUUUCUUCGAAACACUGGCCAAUUUGCAUUCUACUGGCCAAUAUAGCUACGAUAGUGGUCAGGAAAAAGUAAGCCGAACGCUACUUCUAGAAGAAGCUGUUCUUGACGCAAAGCGUUUGUCACGUACUCGCCUUUUGACGCUUCUUCAACUGGUCAAAAACUCAAUCGUUUCUGCUGCUAGAGCCUCCGAAUCUUCUUCGGGGGCUACAUUUGUACGGGAUCAUGAACUUGAUGAGCAAAGGAUAACGAAUAAUGAUUUGCUGAGAUAUAAUGUUUCUAGGCGAUCGCAGCAGUACUCGUAUAAAUUCACCAGCCUGACAAGGUUUAAGUCUGCUCAAAGUCUGUCCAAAUUAAUUUCGCCCAAAACCUCUAUACUUGCACCAUGUACCCAGACGAAUGCCCAGCUGUCGAGGACAUUGCGCCAGAUUCACCAAAUAUUGCUUGUAUGGCUUCAAGCUCAGCAACAAUUCAUCUCAGCCUCUAUAGGCCAACAGACCAAAGCCUCUGAUCAUUUGUCUCAAUACUUUAUUGAUUUGACUUCUCUGCUACACCACUUCAAUGAAAUAAACUCCCAGCUCAACCUCUUAAUGAGAAAACUAACCUGCACCUAUUCGACCCAGGCCGGCUCGUCUGAUCAUUCAGUAUAUCAAGCUAGCACGACCCUGGCUUAUCCUACCUACUCUUGCUCAGAUGUAUCCCGGACCAUCUCACUGCUCUCAUCGGGGGUAAUUCAUGCUCCUGCUUGUUCCUAUCACCAUCCUGCCUUACCUUUAUAUCGAAUGAGCUUCCUGUCGCUGCCUGAUCUGACUAGUCUUGAAGACUGUUUGCCGACUUCUGCCCCGCCAUUCUCGGAUGGUGUAUUGCUCAGCUCCUCACAGCCGCCCGGCUGGCUUGAUUCCAAUUAUCCCAGCUAUUUGUCUGCUAAAAUCUCAGGCCAGACAAACUCUCUACAGACUACACACAAGUCAGAGUUGGUAUAUGCCACAACUUCCUUCAAUUCUCAAAGUAGUGUAGAUACCGUCUACAUUCCUAUACAGGUAUUGUCACGUAUCGUCAAUCGACUCUCUCGACACUUCAACUUUGAUGGUGAUCGACUCAUUAGGUUGGUAUCAUCAGCAGAUCUGGUAGGAGGCGACUUUGCAAGUGUGCUUGAUGAGAUCUUCGGUCAUCUGUCGAAUAGAACUAGUGCUGGCUAUGACGAAGAGCAAACAAUGACAUCAAGUCUGAUUAGCCCUCAAUUCUCCAUCUCAUUCAAGUCAACUUGCGAACUAGUGAAACAUGCUGAUUUGUGGAUAGCCUUACUUCGUAGCUAUCUCACAUCUCUCGCAGAGAAGGUCCAUAGCAAUGCUGAUUUGUCUCUACGCAACUGGCAGCACUCGAAUCUAGCUGAUAUUGGUGCUUCGCUGCGUGGGCUUUCCUACAGCUUGUUGACUUCAUCACAAAACCCAGACUUCGAGGCCUCUUUCUCUGACCUGGAGGAUUCUCUUGAGACUGUGUGCAGUGAGCUUAGUGAAUUGCGAGCAGUAAUCUCUUCCAUGAUUUCUGCACAGGAAUCUGGUCAGGUUUUCAAUGGAUACGAUAACUGCCCAGAAAGAGUCAUUUCUCUUUGUUUCAACAUUUCUCAGCACCUUGAGGACAUCCGAGUAAAGUAUCUAGGUCAUCUCUCCUCCACACAAAAGGCGGAAGUAAAGACAGCUUCCUUCUUGUCUGACGAAAGUUUCCGUCAAAAAGAGUUAAUUCAAGCAAAUACUUGUAGCAUCUCCACGCAGACCUACAAUCUGCAAAAGGAUGACUGCUCUUGCAAGGUGUUACUUCACACUUAUUCUUUGCCCUUGGAAUAUGCCCAGCAUGAGCCAGAUAAGCAGAUUAUGCAAGCUACAUCACAUCGGUUGCUUCACACAGCAAUCGGCUCUCAUCAGUCCUUCGGAGCAGAGUUUACUGAUCCAGGAGACUGCAUAUGUCAAGAAGAAACCUUGUCUGCAGCUAGAUUAGCGAAUAUGGGUGUCGAACUUCCUCAACUUGAGCCCUCUUUGAUCCAGCUUUCCAAGAAAACAAAUGCCACGCCAGCUGAUCCCGCCAAAACACGACCAGGACCGGGACUUACUAGCUCCGUGGCAGUCGCUUGUCCACGAACCACUGAACCGGCCAGGGUACAGGAUACAGUGCGUAUCCGUAAAAAGCCCAGUUGGCGGCACGGGAAGCUUACUCAUCUUAGCCUUGAGGACUCCUUUCCAGUCAGCUCUGAUCGACUACGAGGCGUCAUGCCGCAAAGUCAGCCGGACCUUCCUGGUAUCUUGAUGAAGCCUAUAACUUCACCACUGGUUGUUGCUGCUACAACCAGCGAGCAGACCGACCCAGACGAGAUUUGGGCCCGCAUUCAUAGGUCCUCAUCGCUAUCCUUCUCAUCAAGGCACAGCCGCACCCCACCUACCAUGGAGCUGGAAAUUGGCUCGCAAAUGGAACAUAAUCAGCCAAAACGUCCAUUCCGAUUGGACCUAAAUGUCACAGCCCCAGAGGACGAACUAUCUGGCGCCGAAAUGAGUGAAAUACUUUCAGCUUCGCGAGCGGAUGGCGAAGUAGGCCAAGAGAUACAGACUUCCAGUCACAAG